AUGGACUGGUCAAUCGUCAAGUAUUUCUUUUCCCAACGUCUCAAUGAGCGGUCGCAGUCAAAAUUGAGCAACGACCGAUACGACAGUGUUUUUAUCGGGGUCGCUGCGCUCGGCUCGUUAUUUUCACGGAAGGACGUGACGAUUACUGAGCUGCAUCUUGUGCAAUCUGCUCGAUCCAAACUAGAGGCGGACAUACAGGCAAGACCGUCAUUCGACAUUGUGACAGGUUGGAUCCUCCGAGUGAUAUACAGGCGGAUGACGGCUCUUCCAUACCCAACCUGGCUGGCGAGCUGCACUCUAGUGCAUCUUAUCGAGGCCUCUGGGGUUUGCCAUGAGCUUUCAGCCUCCUCCUUUGCACAAAACAGCUUGAAUGACCACGAUCUCAAGACUGAUCUCGUGGGAAUUGCCUAG